AUGCCGGGUGAGAGAAUUGCCAAAAGCCACGGGUCCCAGUGCGGGUUCUGCACGCCUGGCAUCGUCAUGAGCAUGUACACACUGCUCCGGAACCAGCCCGAGCCCACCAUCGAGGAGAUCGAGGAUGCCCUCCAAGGGAACCUGUGCCGCUGCACAGGCUACAGACCCAUCCUCCAGGGUUUACGGACCUUCGCCAGGGAUGGUGGGUGCUGUGGAGGAGAUGGGGACAACCCCAAGUGCUGCAUGAACCAGAAGAAAGACCGCACGGUCACUCUCUUGCCAUCUUUAUUCAACCCAGAGGAGUUCACGCCCCUGGAUCCCACCCAGGAGCCCAUCUUUCCCCCAGAGCUGCUGGUAGGUGACGCCCCAGAGAGAGGCCCAGCCAGGUCUCUGUGCCUGUUUCGCAUCCCUGGGACCUCCGUGUCCUGGUCCUUUAGGUUUCAGCCUGCAUUUCCCUUCCUUUCUCUGACACCCAGAGCUCAAGUCCCUCUGCCACACACUCCCACAGGCAUCGAGAUGAAGUUUAAGAACAGGCUGUUUCCUGUGAUCAUUUGCCCAGCCUGGAUCCCUGAGCUGAAUUCAGUGGAGCACAGAGCCGAGGGUAUCUCCUUUGGAGCCGCUUGCCCCCUGAGCUGUGUGGAAAAGACCCUGCUCGAUGCAGUUGCAGAGCUUCCUGCCCACAGAACAGAGGUGUUCAGAGGCGUCCUGGAGCAGCUGCGCUGGUUUGCUGGGAGGCAGGUCAAGGCUGUGGCGUCCAUCGGAGGGAACAUCAUCACCGCCAGCCCCAUCUCCGACCUCAACCCCGUGUUCAUGGCCAGUGGGGCCAAGCUGACCAUCGUGUCUAGAGGCACCAGGAGGACGGUUCGGAUGGACCACACUUUCUUCCCCGGCUACAGACAGACCCUGCUACGUCCGGAGGAGGUGCUGCUGACUAUCGAGAUCCCCUACAGCAGGGAGCAGUCCUCCCGGAGAGAAGAUGACAUAGCCAAGGUGACCUGCGGCAUGAGGGUCCUGUUCCAGCCAGGAACCACCCAGGUAAAGGAGCUGGCCCUUUGCUAUGGCGGAAUGGCCGACAGGACCAUCUCAGCCCUCAAGACCACUGAGAAGCAGCUGUCAAAUUUCUGGAAUGAGAAGCUGCUGCAGGACGUGUGUGCAGGCCUGGCGGAGGAGCUGCAACUCACCCCAGACGCCCCUGGUGGCAAGGUGGAGUUCCGGCAAACCCUCACCCUCAGCUUCUUCUUCAAGUUCUACCUGACAGUGCUUCAGAAGCUGGGCAAAGAGGACUUGGAAGAUGUGAGUGUGGGGCCUGGGCAAGGAACAGACUCUCUUGUCCUCUGCAGCUCAGCCUGACUGGUGACCGUGUUGUUCCAGGAGGUGCCCAAUGGUCAGUCUGAGGAGGACAUGGUGGGCCGGCCCCUGCCCCACCUGGCCGCAGCCCUGCAGGCCUCUGGGGAGGCCGUGUACUGUGACGACAUCCCUCGCUAUGAGAAUGAGCUGUCCCUCCGGCUGGUCACCAGCACCCGGGCCCACGCCAAGAUCAAGUUCAUCGAUACUUCAGAAGCUCAGAAGGUGCCAGGGUUUGUUUGCUUUCUCUCUGCUGAUGAUAUUCCUGGGAGUAACAAAACUGGACUUUUUAAUGAUGAAACAGUCUUUGCGAAGGAUGAGGUGACUUGUGUUGGGCACAUCAUUGGUGCUGUGGUCACCGACACCCCAGAACAUGCACAGAGAGCUGCUCAAGCAGUGAAAAUCACCUAUGAAGAACUUCCAGCCGUUAUCACAAUUGAGGAUGCUAUAAAACACAACUCCUUUUAUGGAUCUGAGGUGAAGAUUGAGAAUGGAGACCUCAAGAAGGGCUUUUCAGAAGCAGAUAACAUUGUUUCAGGAGAGUUGCACAUUGGCGGCCAACAGCACUUCUACUUGGAGUCUCACUGCACCAUUGCUGUCCCAAAAGGCGAGGCAGGGGAGAUGGAGCUCUUUGCGUCUACACAGAACCCCAUGAAGACCCAAUCCUUUGUUGCAAACAUGUUGGGGGUUCCAGCAAAUCGAAUUUUGGUCCGAGUGAAGCGACUGGGAGGAGGCUUUGGAGGGAAGGAGACCCGGAGCACCUUGGUGUCCACGGCAGUGGCCCUGGCUGCAUACAAGACCGGCUGCCCUGUGCGCUGCAUGCUGGAUCGUGACGAGGACAUGCUGAUAACCGGCGGCAGACAUCCUUUCUUGGCCAGAUACAAGGUUGGCUUCAUGAAGACUGGGAAGAUUGUGGCUCUGGAGGUGGAUCACUACAGCAAUGCUGGGAACACCAUGGAUCUCUCUGAGUGUGUAAUGGAACAUGCUGUAUUCCACAUGGACAAUUGCUACAAAAUACCCAACAUCCGAGGCACCGGCCGACUGUGCAAGACCAACCUGCCCUCCAACACGGCCUUCCGGGGCUUUGGGGGCCCCCAGGGGAUGCUCAUUGCCGAGCAUUGGAUGAGUGAAGUUGCAGUGACCUGUGGGCUGCCUGCAGAGGAGGUGCGGAGGAAGAACAUGUACAAAGAAGGGGACUUGACACAUUUCAACCAGAAGCUUGAGGAGUUCACCUUGACCAGGUGCUGGGAUGAAUGCCUAGCAAGCUCUCAGUAUCACGCCCGGAGGAGGGAGAUUGCCAAGUUCAACAAGGAGAAUUGUUGGAAAAAGAGAGGAUUAUCCAUAGUUCCUACCAAAUUUGGAACACACUUCUCAGUUAAUUUUCUGAAUCAGGCAGGAGCCCUGAUUCAUGUGUACACAGAUGGCUCUGUGCUGCUGACCCAUGGGGGCACUGAGAUGGGCCAAGGCCUUCACACCAAGGUGGUCCAGGUGGCCAGCAGAGCUCUGAAAAUCCCCACCUCUAAGAUUUACAUCAGUGAGACGAGCACUAAUACCGUGCCCAACACCUCUCCCACGGCUGCCUCCAUCAGCACUGACCUCAACGGACAGGCCGUCUACAAAGCUUGUCAGACCAUCCUGAAAAGGCUGGAACCCUUCAAGAGAAAGAAUCCUAGCGGCUCCUGGGAAGACUGGGUCAUAGCUGCUUACCAGGAUGCAGUGAGCUUGUCCGCUACUGGGUUUUAUAAAACACCCAACCUUGACUACAGCUUUGAGACAAACUCAGGAAAUCGCUUCUACUACUUCUCAUAUGGGGUGGCUUGCUCUGAAGUGGAAAUUGACUGCUUAACAGGGGAUCAUAAGAACCUCCGCACAGACAUCGUCAUGGAUGUUGGCUCCAGUCUGAACCCUGCCAUCGAUAUUGGACAGGUGGAAGGGGCAUUUGUCCAGGGCCUUGGCCUCUUCACCCUGGAGGAGCUGCAGUAUUCCCCUGAGGGAAGCCUGUACACCCGCGGCCCCAGCACCUACAAGAUCCCUGCGUUUGGCAGCAUCCCCACUGAGUUCAGGGUGUCCCUGCUCCGCGACAGCCCCAACAAGAAGGCCAUCUAUGCAUCCAAGGCUGUUGGGGAGCCGCCCCUCUUCCUCGGCGCCUCCAUCUUCUUUGCCAUCAAGGACGCCAUCCGCGCAGCUCGAGCUCAGCACACAGAUUAUAAUACGAAGGAGCUUUUCCAGCUAGACAGCCCUGCCACCCCAGAGAAGAUCCGCAACGCCUGUGUGGACAAGUUCACCACCUUGUGUGUCACUGAUGUACCAGAAAACUAUAAACCCUGGUCUCUGAGGGUCUGAAGA